GCCGACUAUGUCAUGACUGCCCAAUCACUAAGUUCAGUGUAUGAUUGCUGGGAUGGCAGCACAUACGGGUGAUCUCAAAGAUUUCAUUUGUUUUUGAGAAUUUUUUCAAAUUAUUGGUUAUGUAUCUCAUGAAAUGUCAAAACAUGUUGUCAUUUGCCUUUCGCUGCUGAGCUAAUCUUGUAAUUUCAUUGAUAUUUCUUAUUUUGCAUUCUUUUGUCGUAUUAUCAUAAUAUUAGUUAGUAGUUGUAAUUGUAGUGAAUAGUGUUAAUAUUUCUAGUGUGUUAAAGUUCUUGUUGUUUGUUUCAAACCUUCUUGUGUUGUGUUCAUUAGUUUUCUCCUUUUGUGCUUUCGUUCCAGCUUGUAGUAACUUAAGUAGUUAAAUAGUGUGUAAUACAGUAGUUUUAAUUGGUUUUGUAGUUUGUUUUGUAGUGAGUUCAAAUUCUUGUUUCUGUUAGUUAUUGAGAUCUUGCACGACCUUGUUCUAUUCCUUCUAUCUUUCACUUCUUAUUGAGAUGGGGUUCAAAAUUUGUAGCGUUCCUUUUUGUACCUCGAAGAAUAGGGAUGGAAUCAAUUUGUUUGAAUUUCCCAGUGAUAUUAGUUUGCGAAAUGAAUGGUUUUCUGCAAUUUUGGAAGGAAUGGCAUUAGAACAUUUCGAAGUGGGUGAAUAUUCUUGUAUUUGUAUAAAUCAUUUUGAGAAGAGCUGCAUAAGAGUUUUCCAGGAUGGCAGGAAGCGCCUGAUAAAAGGCUCAGUUCCUACAAUAUUUGAGCAACCUGCAGAUGCCUGGAUGAUGCCCACUACAUCCACUGGGAAAACAUUCAAAACUACAGAUUGGGUGUUCUCUAAUGUUCAGGUACAAGAAAGGAGCGAAUUCAAAGAGGUUUUGGAGGAAUCAAACAAUAUCUCCCUGGUGGUAAUUAUAACGUUUUUUUGUUUCACACUAGCAGUGGAAUGUCUAGAAAUUUUUUCACCAAAAGACAUCAGGAAUCUUAAUUAUCUAUCUAUUAUCGAUGAAAUGGCUCAAACAGUGAAUUAUCACUUGACAUUGAAGAAAAGUUCAGGAUAAGAAAGAAUGUAUAGCUACUGUUUUCAAUCUUGAUUAAUUGUUCCUUCAAUGAAUUUGACAAUAUGUAGUGCAGUUAUGAAAGAGAUUUAAUAUUUUGGUUAUACAGUUAUGAUGCAGAAAGUCACCCUUAAAAUUUGUACAAUAAUUAUAAUAAUACAUAAAAUACAUUGCUUGGAUACCGUGUAGUGGCAUGAAACAUGAAGUCCAGCCUACAUUGAAUAAGUUAUAAAGUUACCUAUAGGCACACUGACUAUUUAGAUCUUCUAUAUUCAUAGUUGAUGGUGCUGGAAAUGUAACAUCAUGAUAUGUAAUAAAAUACAAAGGGAUCUAUCUGCAAAAAUCGAAAAUUUAUUCUUCCAUUGUGCAGAAUAGUUCCUGUGGCUACUAUUCAUUAGGACAUCCUGUAUUGUAUAUAUAGUGCGAUUCAAUGUAUGAUUAUUUUUGUGAGAUUUUAAUUCACCAAUUCUCAAAAGAAUACAAAAUUAAUUUCAAUGUUAUUGCAACAUUUUGUAGGGAUUUCUUAUUUGCAUUGGCGGCGGGAGAGGGGGCCCAGAAUAUUUGGCCUUAAGGGAGGCAAAUAUCAGUUCCUCAACUCCCAUUGUGGGAUUUUUGUCCUUGACUACCGUUCAUAGGCCUACAACCCUUCCCCCCCCCCCCGAGAAUAAAAUCGUCCCGCCGUCAUUUUGAGAAUAAAAAGAUCAACAUGAAGAUUCAACAUCAUUGCCUAUGUAGAUGGUUUUCUUUGGAAAGUCUUCUUCAUUCCAUAAGUUGAUAAAAAAUUAUUUUAACAAUAAUAAAAUCAAAAAUUGCUUAUAUUGAUUAUAUUAUUCACAAUACCAUAAUUGUUUUGCUGAUAACUAGCCUAUUUUUUAGCUCAUAGUGCAUUUUGUAAUGCAUUGUCUUUUUUAGCUUAUAGUGCAUUUUGUAAUGAAUUGUCAUGUCUGGUUAGGUUUUGUGAACAUUAUUAAGCUUUAUUGUGUUUCUUUUAAUUUCACAUGUGCAUGC